CCUCUAUAUUUGCGCGCGCUUUUCUACCAUCAUCGAUUUAGAGAUAAUAUGCGUCCAAUUCUACUUUCGGGACACGAACGGUCCUUGAAUCAAAUCAAGUUCAAUCGGGAGGGAGAUUUGCUAUUCUCAUGUUCAAAGGAUAACGUCGUUAAUGCUUGGUUUGCACACAAUGGAGAAAGAUUAGGAACUUAUGAGGGAAAUGGAGGUACUGUUUGGAGUGUGGACCCUGAUCAAUCAUCUACCCUUUUGGUCACGGGUAGCGCUGCCAAUGAGAUGCGUUUAUACGAAAUUUCUACCGGAAAAUGUCUUUACAUUUGGGAAUUCCCAACAGCCGUAAAGCGUGUUCAAUUCUCAUCAGAAGGUAAUCAAGUUUUAGUGAUCACCGAAGAACGUAUGGGUCAUCGUGGUUCAUUACAGGUAUUUGCAAUCAAUCGUGAUCCUGAAUCAUGGACACAACAAUCCAAAACACCCACGCGUACCAUCACAUUCAGUGGACGAAAAGCAACAGUUGCUGCUUGGGCACCAUUUGAUCAAUACAUCAUCACCGGUCAUGAAGGAGGCAAAGUUGCGCUAUAUUACCACGACGAAAAAGAGCCUGAAAGCGGUGUUGAUGCCGAAUUAGAGGAGAAAUCCGUCGAUGCACACCCAGGCUUCAAUGUGACAGAUCUACAGACCAGCGUUGAUAAAACAUACUUUGUAACAAGUUCCAAAGAUAAAUCAGCCAAACUGAUCGACACGAAGAAUCUAAAUAUCAUCAAAACAUACGAAACACAAACGCCCCUCAACAGUGCUGCCUUGCACCCCACAAGACCGAUCGUAAUCUUGGGAGGAGGACAAGAAGCAAUGAAUGUCACAACAACAAGUGCCAGACAAGGUAAAUUCGAAGCAAGAUUCUGGCACAAGGUGUUUGAAGAGGAAUUGGCAGCUUUGCCAGGUCACUUUGGUCCGUUGAACACAAUUGCAAUCUCACCCACAGGAAAGUGUUAUGCAAGUGGUGGUGAAGAUGGAUACAUUCGUGUGUACUGGUUUGACAACUCUUUCUUUAACAGCAAGCUUUAUGGUCCAGAAUUAGAGGUGGGACCAGAGGAUCAGUAAAGUGUUCUCACACAAAAAUUGAGCGAACUCGCACGCUAUCUGUACUAAUAUUAUUACAAAAAUGAUCAUACAUAUCAUAAGACUGGAAUAGACAAUCUUGG